ACAGGAUAGGAAGAGGACGCGCUGGGACGUUGGCCUUGCGCUUCCCCUCCUCUUCCGUCGAUCCGGUUGCCCCCUGCUGCUCCCUCCCGGUCCCCCCACAAUCCGGCGUCGCAGGGUCAGAAAUCUCGGGGUCCCGGCGGGAUCCCGGCGGAAGAUGGCCGCCUCCUGCUCCUUCCGCUCCGCCGUCCGGGCGCCUCCGCUCUCCCGGAGCCUCGCCAGGAGCGCGGUGCGCUGCCGCAGCGCCGCCACGCCGGGGGCCGGUGGUGCCGCCGCCGCCACCUCCAAGCUUGUCGUGGAGGUGAAAGAACGGCUGGCGAGGGAGCACCCGGGCCUCCCCACGGGCAGGAACGGGAGGGACGAUGACGACAUGAUCCUCUGGUUCUUGAAGGACCGCAAGUUCUCCGUCGACGAAGCCGUCUCCAAGCUCACCAAGGCCAUUAAAUGGCGUCAGGACUUUGGUGUAUCAGAAUUAUCAGAAGAAUCAGUGAAAGCAUUGUACCAAACUGGCAAGGCAUAUGUACAUGAUUCUUUGGACAUUUACGGCAGACCUGUGCUAGUUGUAAUAGCAGCCAAACAUUUUCCUUCGACACAAGAUCCAGUUGAAAACGAGAAGCUAUGUGCCUAUUUGGUCGAGAAAGCAAUAAACAGACUUCCCUCAGGAGCAGAGAAUAUACUUGGAAUCUUUGAUCUGCGAGGCUUCCGUGUUGAAAAUGGUGAUAUCCAGUUCUUAAAGUUUUUGAUUGAUGUUUUCUACUAUUACUAUCCGAAGCGGCUUGGCCAAGUUCUUUUUGUGGACGCUCCAUUUCUUUUUCAACCAAUGUGGCAGGUUGUUAAACCUCUUUUGAAAUCAUAUGCCUCCCUGGUAUGCUUGCUCCUCCUCCCUCCUCAGAGGUUUUCAUUAAAUGACACAGGUAAUGUUACGCUCUAUUGCUAUUGUUGUCAGGUGAGAUUUUGCGAUUCUGAGACUGUGAGGAAAGAGUACUUCACAGAAGAAACCGUGCCUUCUGAUUUCCGCAGUUAGCUGUCUUGAUUUCUUCAGUAGCAGAUCAUCAUUAUCCAGGAACGGCUCUGGCAGGUUUUGGUUGCAGUGCUUUCAGUCUCUCCUAUAAACCAAGUUGCGGAGAUAUUGUCGGUGGUUGCUCAGAUAUGGCCUUGUUUGCUUGUCGGAAUGGCACAUGAAGCACCUCCAUUCCUCCAAUUAGGAAGUGUCAAGGGGACUCCAUCAGUUUUUUAGUCUCGUCACUUUGUGCCCCAGGAAAUAGAAGACGCGACUGAUGAUUUGUGAAGACAGAGCCCCACCUGGUGACACGAGAACGUCUUGGAUGAAGGAACGAAUCUAAUCUUCGACGGGCGAAGAACGUUUCGCCAGCAGUUCAAGAGGGCUCUAGAGUAGAGGUCAUGAUCAGAACUGAGAGUGCUGUAUUGCCUUUUGCCUGCAGUUUUCCUUCUAUGGCAUGUCAUAUAUAUAAGUAUAUAUAAACACACUGUCUUGGGUACGUCUUUGGUGACAAAUCACAAAGCAUGAGGAUGAUUUUUGUCCGAGAAAAGCAAGGAAAAUGAAGAUAAUUCCCGAUGUGCUUCA